AUGACGGUGAUAAAAGUGGCCACGGUGGUGUUGGUUGUCGUCGGCGUUGCGGUUGUAGCAAGAAAUCCUGAUAAUGACGCUACCGAAUAUGGCGGUAGUAAUGACGACCAGGAUGAAUCGUGCGCCAGCGGGGAGAAAGGCACAGAGAUCUGGCUGUAUAUAUGUUCGCAUCUCACUCUCUCCAUAUCUAUCUCUGUCUAUUCAUAUCUAUCUAUCUAUCUAUCUAUCUAUCUAUCUCAAUAUGUUAAUAUCUAUUUCUGUUCAUAUCAUUUCUCUCUAUCUAUGAUCAUAUCUAUCUAUCUAUAUAUCUAUCUCAAUCUUUUCAUAUCUAUCUAUCGCUGUUCGCAUGUCUAUCUACCUGUAUAUCUAUCUCAAUCUGUUCAUAUUUAUCUAUCUCAGUCUGUUCAUAUCUAUCUAUCUAUCUAUCUAUCUAUCUAUCUUUGUUCAUAUCUAUCUCAAUCUGCAUGCUCAAAAACAAUGUGCGUGGGUGCACGUGGAUUUUCCUUAUUUUUUAUCUUUUUUCUUUCUUUCUUUCUUUCGUGCAUUCUUUCUUUCUUUCUUUUGAUUGCCUUCCUUUGA